UAGACUGUUUACUUGUGGUUUGACGGCUAUUUGCGUUGGUGUUCACGGUUUAACAUUUAACGAUAACGGGUGUGUUAGACCUGUUAGCAAGCUAAUUGUUGUUAGCCUUUUAGUGUGAACUUCAGUUUUAUAACAGAAGCAGCAGGAAACUGGUAAUUAAAGAAGUUUCGUAUGUAAUACUUUAGGCAGUUUUAUUUUUCAAAAUUCCUUAAAAUAAGUUCAAGAAAAAUCCGUCGUUAUCUAUUCACGCUGUUAUAUUCUUCUCAGAUUUGAAAAAAAUGGACCGACAUUUUUAAUAAAUAGAGAGAAAAUAAAGAUUAUGAAGGUUUCUCAAUUAAAGGUUAUGAACAAGUAGUCUUCUAAAGAGUUUCCACUGAUGACAUGAAUCUUUGUUUAAAGGAUGGGUUGUGUGUCCUCUAGACCUGUUGUUGUUGAAGGUAGAAACCUGUUUCAUGUGUGGAAUGUAGAUGACAGAGGAAACCAUUUAGCUUCAGGAAAAAUUGAACUAACUCAGUCAGAAUUAAUCUUGCAUCAAAAAGGAAAGCUUCCAAUAAGAUGGCCUUUGAGAAGUCUGAGAAAGUAUGGAUUUGAUGUGGAAUUGUUCUCUUUUGAGUGUGGUCGUAGAUGCCCUACAGGACCUGGUAUCUAUGCCUUCAGAUGUCGCCAUGCAGAAGUUUUGUUUAACCUUCUUCAAGAAUCCAUUCAGAACAACACUGUUGUAGAACAAGCUGAAGACCAGGUCAGUGGAGGAACCAAUGCUUCUACAAAUGGUAGCAUAUCUAGUCAGCAACUUCCCCCUGUUAGUAGUAUUGAGGUGGAUCAUGUUAGAAGUUCUGCUGUUCCUUCUUCAUCAUCACUAAUACCAUCUUGUUCAAGAUCUUAUGAUCACUCAAACUCUUUUACUAAAAGUAGCAAUCAAACUAAAUGCUUACUAAGACAGUCUUUGUCAGAAAACUGGUCUGCUGGAACAAACAUUGCUAAUUUGAUAUGUCCCAGUCAUCACUGUAGUGUUGGUUCAUGCAAAAGAUAUUCAGCACCAUCUCCUCAUUAUGCAAAUGGAGAAAUAUUUGUACCUGACACUCAUCCUUCUAGGUCUUCUUUUUCAGGGUUGGUAACUCGAUCUUUAGUUAAGAGUGAAUACUCUGUUGUCCAUGACAGUUAUCAAAGAUCUUCAAGAUCCUUAGCUCUUCAUACUCAACAUUCACAUAUGAAUGGAACUGUGACAUCCUUAAGUUGUACUGGUGGUACAUGUGUCAAUAAAGAAUGUAACAAUAAUCCUUGCUCAUGCAAGCAUAUUGAUAUGAAUACUAAUUACACUCAAUUAGAAGAGCUUUGCAAACAAGAACAUACAGCUGCGUAUGAAAAUGAACACUGCUAUGUCAAUGUGGGUCCUGAGCAGAUACCUGUGGCACAAAGACAGCAUGUUAGAACUAGUGGAUAUGGCUUCUCUUCUAGUGUUUACCCAAGAGGAUUCACUGGUGGGUCCAUUGCUAGUCAAAUUUCACAAGAAGAUAAUUCACGAUUAUAUGAAAAUAUUGGACAGAACUGUGUGAAGUCAUGUCAAACAGAUGGGAGACAGGUUAAUUACAUCAUGCUAGAUCUUGAACAGAGGAGUGAUUCAGGCUGUAGUAUAUCUACUCCAAAGUCACCACCUAACAGUAUCAAGUCACCUCAAAGUUCUCCUUCUGACCAUCCAGAAGGCUACGCAACUAUUGACUUUGAUAAAACUGCAGCUCUCCUAAAUUCAGCAAAGCCUACUGUUAUUAUAGAUGAUUGUAUUCGUAAAACCAGACAUAAUGCAACUGAACCAUGUAAAGGUAGUAAUUCUUAGAAAACAAAUGUAAGUUGUGUUUCAAAAACAUUUAUGAAAAUUGCUAUGUGUGAUUUGCAAUGUUGAUUCAUGUGAAAUUGAAAUUGUAUAUUUAUGAAAAAAAAAAUGUUUGAAACAUUUUCUUUCUACAGGCAGUAUAACAAUUGAGUUGUUUAAUUAAUAGGAGCUAAACAAUUUUUAGAAAUUAGGUAUUUUUGUAAAUAGCUUUCUCCAAGUGAAAAUGAAACACACUGAUUUUUCUGUAGAUAUACAAUGGGUAACAUUAUACAUGCUUUAGGAACUUCUUUAAUGACAGUAAAGGAUUUGAAAUAAUGAAGUGUAUGUAAAUUUUUGGUGAAAAGUUUUGCAGCACAGUUUGGUAAAUAUUACUGUAAAAUAUCACUAGUAAAGUCUUAAGAAUAAAGUAAUUUGACUUUGAAGUAAGGAGAAAAUUGGUCCAGUGCUUAUUAAAUCUUGAGAAUUAAACACACAUAGAUAUAUGUAUGAAUUGUUUAAAAUUUUUUUUUUAUUGAAAGAAACGAGAAAAUGAAAGCACAUGUAUCUGUUACAAGUGUUAACAAUUUAAUAUUGUAUCUGUGAUUUUGAGAUGCUUAUGUAUCUCAUGAGCUGCAGAAAAAUUAUUAAUGUUAUUUUGAUGUUAUGUUGAAUGCAUUUGUAUGUAUUUAAUAAAAUAAUGUAUAGCAUUGCCAUGUAGGCAAAUAAUGUAUAUGCUUAGGCCUCAGGGCAGUUUUUUUUUUUUACUGAUAAUUUUCUUAGUGAUUCAUAUGGAAUCAAAAUUUCACAGUAUGUUUUUCAUCAAAGCAAACCAAUUUUGUUUUAGAUUUAAAUAAUAACUUUUGGUGAGAAACAAAGUUUUGCUUCUUCUUUUUUUUAGUAGUCACAAGUUUCACUGAGCUUUUCUACAACUAUUGUAUUAGCCAAAUGUCUUCAAUCAAAUAAGAUUUUACUGAUUUAAUGUAAAAUAUUCUACAAUAUUAAUUAUAAAUUUUUUUGUUGUUUUUUUUGGUAAGAACAAAUUAAUGUACUUUCUAACAAGGAGUUUUUCAUAUAUUAUCUACAUUUUUUUAAUGAGCAUUUUAAGUAAGUGUAACAAACAUGUGCCUUUCAGUUUUACUUUAACUGUUAAUAUUUUAGAAAUGCUUACUUUUGAAUUUUAUUUUUAUAAUAUAAAAAUUGUCUUUAUAUGUUUGUUAAGUGUACAUGAUAUGAAACUUCCAAAGAUUGUUUUAAACAUAGUGAUUUUAUUGCAGCUAAGCACAUUCAAUCACAAUUCCUGUGACACAGUAAAAUUUACCUAAUAUAUGUAUUUAUAAUAGAAUAUCUUACUUUAGCCUUCUAUAUUUUUAAGAACGUAUUUGUGUAAAUUUUGUAGACAAAAAUGAAGGGUUCUGUAAUAACAGCAUUAUCAUUAAUGGUUGAUGUUUACAUGUUAACAAUUAGUAUAACAGAAUAUUGCUGUGUAUUAAUAUAAGUUACAUCUUAAUAAACAGUAGCAUUAUACAGAUGAA